UUUAUGAAAUUUAUUUGCUUUCUAUCAAUCAAUCAUGUCAUCAAUGGUGCUGAAUUUUAAGCAAAAAUCAUUCACAAUUGGAUUUAUGGAGGAUCAACCAUUUAUAUCAACAAAUGGUCGUCAUGAUCGAAGAGGUAUCGAAGUAGAAAUGAUGGAAACAUUGGCAAAAAAAUUUAAUUUUACAAUCAAUUAUCAAAGUUUUCGACAAUCAACAUGGUCAUAUCUAUAUGAUAAUCUAACCAACGAAGAGAUUGAUUUUGUAAUAGGUGGUACAGUAAUGACAACCGAACGUCUGGAAAAAGUUCACUAUCUUUAUCCACAUUUAUUUGAUAAAUUUACAUUUGCAACAUCACCAUCGAUUGCAAAUUUAGAUCAUUUUGAUCUGAAUAUUCUCAUCCGGCCGAUGGAUAGUUCCGUUUGGUUGUUAUUAGCCAUAACAUUAAUAAUAUUAUUAUUUGUUGGUCGACUGUUUCAAUCCAUUCAACCAUCAAUUCAAUUCAAUAAUCACCAUCAAAAUAUUCGUCAAGAUUUAUUCAAUAUUUGUAUACAUCAUCUAUUUCGACAAUCGGUACCAUUAUUAAGGUUAGCGAAUCGACCGAUAAAAAUUUGUUCGAUGUUUUGGUCAUUUACAGCCGUUAUAAUAUUAGCCAAUAAUUAUACCGGAUCAUUGUGUUCAAUGUUAGCAUUACCAUCACAUUAUUCGAUGGAUACGACCAUAAAAUUAGCUAAACAAUGUCGUAAUCAUCAUAUAAUUACGUUAGGUAUAGCGAAUAGUAGGCCCUAUCAAUCAUUGAUAGAAUCAAAAGUUGAAGAAAUUCAAUUGAUUGGUCAACGAAUGCAAUUUAUUAGAAAUUAUGCUUCCGCCAUAAAGAUAAUAAUUGAACAAAGUCGACGACAAAAAACAUUAUCAUCGAAUGGUCCAUCAUAUGUAUUCAUUUCAACGCGAUUACGUUUAUUAUUCAAAAUGAUUUAUGCCGGAAAAAAUCUGGUCUUUCUUCCACCAAAUACUGAAACGGCCGCACUUCUUCCAUUAUACGUUGCUAUAGCCAUAACAAAAUCAUUUGCCCAUAGGAAACAAUUCGAUCGAAUGAUUUUUUAUUUCCAUUCAUAUGGCAUGUUUAAUCAUUGGAUAAGAAUGGAAGCUUUUCGGGCAAUGGAAUCGAGAAACUUUCCAAUUGAUCAUCCUCAUGAUCAAGAUAAUGAUGCUGAUAUUGCUCAACAACCAGAAGAGAAAAAAUCAAAAUUUAAUAUUUUCAAUCCAUAUGAUGCAAUGAAUAAUCUAGAAUUUAAUGAUUUAAAAUCAAUAUUUUUUCUAUAUAUCAUAUCUAUUUUAAUUACAUUGAUCAUUUUUCUAAUAGAAUUUAUCACAUCACUAUCAUCUUUUAAACGAAUGAUUAAUUCA